AGCAGAGAUCGCUGCUGUAUUUUUCAUGCACAGGGAAAAAACUGGGUCUCUACGACACACAUCAUCGGUCGCACGGAUUUUCGUUUCGUGGUGUCGUCGAGUAAAUAAUCUUCUCCGUCGCGGUCCGCAGCAUCACGGAAAAUAUCUGACCGCGCAUCGGAAGCAAAGUAAUAAAAGCGACGAAUCAGUGAAACAGGCAACAGUGUGCGUGUGCUGGCCAAAAUACCUCGGAUCUAUGCUAUAGCAUCCAAGCAAUCGUAAGGGUAUCGUAAUCAACAGAAGAGAACCCAACAGUGGGCACGAACAGUUUUUUUGUAGUGGCGGGGACAAAAGGUUGACGAGCCAAACGGGCACGAAACGGCCAGCCCAUCAAAGAGGGCGGUGUGAAUAAUGAGGAAAAGUCUGUCCUUUUGCUCGUGAACGAAAGUGGGUGCAGGAGUAGCAUUUUCUUUAUAUCCUGUACGACGGCAAUGAGUGUGCGUGUGUAGGUGUGAAUUUGUGUGCAAGUGUCCGCUGUUUUCUUCGAGCAUCGUGAACCACAGUAGUCGUCGCCGUCGUGUGCACGGAGAAGGAGGAUAUUCUAAUCGAUAGCAACACCAGCAGCAGCAGCACCAGAGAGAGCAUCACCAGCAAGAGCAAAAGAGAGAGAGAGAGAAAGCAAAAAAAACAAUAGUGAAAAAAUCCUACCGGAUCUCCUCCGUGUCCGUGUUAAUGUGUGUGCGGUGUGUAAAAAUUGUGUACGUGUGCAGCAGCAGUGCAGACAGCAGGUGCGAGUGGUACGGAUUUUAGAGCGAGUCGAACGAGAUUGAAAGACCGAACGGUGCUGAUCAAGUGAUUGUUUUUAAUGUUUCUUCCUUUGCAUCCCGAACGGUAACCUUCGUUGACCGUGUUUUCCAUUUUCACAAUCCGACACAUUGGAAGCAUGUUCUAAGGGCGAUGCGAGCAGUGGUUUUUUUUUAAACUAACAGUGCGUAAAGGAAAGGUAGCCACAGUUACGGUGUGCAAGGUGGUGUGCGUCAAGAGUGCGAGAGAGCGAGGACACCGACCAUCAUCAUCACCAGCAGCAGCAGCAGUAGUGCAAGUACAGGUGGAAGCGAAGAGAAGGCCACUUCGAUCGAACGACACCGUUUCGGCUGCCAGCAGCGCGAGGGAAACAGAGCAUCCGAAAGCGAGCGAGAGAGCGUGUGCGUUUUUGCAUCCGUGAGAGAAAAUUCCCGUAGAGAGGAAAAAUCGUGAACACACAAUAGCGCUUUUUUAUUCCCAGUGAACUGCGCGCGAGAAGGGGUUUUUCUUUUCGCGUGCGUACCUCCCAGAGUGUGUGUGUGUGUGUGCGCGCGCCCGUGUGACGGACUGUAUGUGUUUGUGUGGGUACGUGCGUGCGUUUUUCUGUGUAUUUUCCGUACCACAAUCUCGGGGUAUUUCGGAAAAAUCACCAUCCGGCCGUACGUAGUCGUCGUCGUCGCGUUUUUGGAGUGACCCCGGGACAGCAGGGCCGUAAAUGGACGUAACGUUGGUGAUAAUUGAGGCGGAACAGGCGAUUCCCGUCGUGCGAAAAUAUUACGUGUAAAGCGGGGGGUUUGGCAACAAGCGGGGAGGCCGUUGUGUGUGCGAUUGUGUGUGGCCGUAUUUCCGUUUAUUUUUUCUUUUCUUCACUCCAUUCCGCCGUGGAGUUGUAAUGUGAGCAACAACAACAACAGAAAAAAAGUAGAAGGUGUUAUUACAUCGCUGCGCUGGCUUACGGGUUUGCUGUGCUGAUCGACGACUGCUGACGAACCGGGCAGGGUGGAGGUUGUAACUGCCAACUUGGUUGGCAUUGUAUACUUCGGAAUCUCAACGGCUGCUGCUCAGGCACAAAGGUGACGAAGCGGGCGAGGCGAACGGAAACGGUCAGCGAACGCAUAAGGCAAGGGAAAAUCAAGGCAUCUUGAUUUCUCAACACGACUAUAGCGGAGUAGUACAUCCGCAGGAAGGACACACAUCAAAGCAGGCGGAAAUCUGGAGAUCCCAGUGAGUACGGGAGCUGAGAAGACAGAGCCGCUAGGAUCGAUCGAUUAUUGAGAAGAAGUCGUCCCUGGGACCUUGCGCGCUGCUGAGAGGGGGAACAAUUGGAAACGUUGCUAAAGACGCGCCUGUACGUGGACAUCGUCAAACAAUAGAACCCAUCUAUAAUAUCCUGCCUUGAUGAUUUACCUUUGCAAUAUAUACAUAUAAAUAUAUAUAAACAUAUAUCGCACACCGUGUCAUCAUAUUGUGUGGAAGCUGCUGUUUGGGGGAUAAAAUUUGUCGAGAGAUCCAUAAACGAGGCAGUAGUGAGCAAAGGCAAACAUAAAAGAGAUAGAGAGAGAGAGAGAGAGCGAAAGCGACCAAGAGAGUGUAAAAGAAUUGCUGCUUCAGCACCGCCACUAAUUCUUCUUGUUUUUGUCACCAUUCGUUGUUACCAUUUUCAUCUCUUGUGCGACAAAAAUACGGUAAAAAAUUGAUCUGGUGUUGUGCACACUGUGAGAAGCCCAGCUGACAGUGGUUCAUCAAGUAUCACGUUCCACCGCCUCUGCCCCCCCAUCUCACCAACACGGCCGUGGCGCACGGUACAUUGUAGCAAUAAAAGUAAGAAUAUCGAUUAAAUCGCAGUUCCAAGGCGACAGCAAAAACCUCCGUUACAUACAUUGCUUCAUUUGUACAUCUCUAAGCGAAGAACAGAAGAAGAAGAAAAAACAAACAAACACGAACUUAUACAUAUACAUAUAUAAAUAUAGCGAUAUUAUAUAUCUGCAUACAAAUCUGCAUAAACAGUAAUUGAUAGCAACCAUGGGCAAUAACGCUACAUCCGCGAACAAGAAAGUUGAUGCUGCCGAGAGUGUGCGGGAGUUUCUGGACCAAGCGAAGGAAGACUUCGAGGAGAAGUGGAAGCGCAAUCCGACGAACACGGCCGCGCUCGAUGACUUCGAGCGUAUUAAGACGCUCGGUACCGGGUCGUUCGGGCGCGUCAUGAUCGUACAGCACAAAUCGACCAAGGACUACUACGCGAUGAAGAUCCUGGACAAACAGAAGGUGGUCAAGCUGAAGCAGGUCGAGCACACGCUGAACGAGAAGCGCAUCCUGCAGGCGAUCUCGUUCCCAUUCCUGGUCAGCCUCAAGUUCCACUUCAAGGACAACUCCAACCUGUACAUGGUGCUGGAGUACGUGCCGGGCGGUGAGAUGUUUUCUCACCUGCGCAAGGUUGGCCGCUUUUCGGAGCCGCAUUCGCGCUUUUAUGCCGCGCAGAUCGUGCUGGCGUUCGAGUAUCUGCACUAUCUCGACCUGAUCUACCGCGAUCUGAAGCCGGAAAAUUUGCUGAUCGACUCGCAGGGCUACCUGAAGGUGACCGAUUUCGGGUUCGCCAAGCGGGUCAAGGGCCGAACCUGGACGUUGUGCGGUACGCCCGAAUAUCUGGCACCGGAAAUCAUUCUUAGCAAGGGAUAUAAUAAGGCGGUCGACUGGUGGGCGCUCGGUGUGCUGGUGUACGAGAUGGCGGCCGGUUAUCCACCGUUCUUCGCCGACCAGCCGAUCCAGAUUUACGAGAAGAUCGUCAGCGGCAAGGUGCGCUUCCCGUCGCACUUCGGCUCGGAGCUGAAGGAUCUGCUUCGCAACCUGCUGCAGGUCGAUCUGACCAAGCGCUACGGCAACCUGAAGGCGGGCGUGAACGACAUCAAGGGGCACCGAUGGUUCGCCUCGACCGACUGGAUCGCGGUGUUCCAGAAGCGCAUCGAGGCGCCGUUCAUACCGCGCUGCAAGGGUCCAGGCGAUACGAGCAACUUUGACGACUACGAGGAGGAAACGUUGCGCAUCUCCAGCACCGAGAAGUGCGCCAAGGAGUUUGCCGAGUUCUAAAAAGGUUCGCGCCCAAUGGGGAACCGUUAUCAGGACUUUGCUGCUACCACUACUGUUACUACUUGUAUUAGUGCUAUUUCUACUACUACUACUACUACUACCACUACUACCACCAUCAUCACCAUCAUUACCACCAGCACCUAGGCGCCUUUACUCACAUCACCACCAUUCGUUCCGUUUGCUGGGAGUUGCUGGUGCGUGCGAUUGGACAUGUGAAAAACUGUAGAAGUACGGAAGGAAAAAGGCCCCUUGGGUCGGCUGACUUUGCACAUCCAUCCUGUGCGAGAGCAUUUAGAGAUUGUGCGUAACAAAAAUCUCUUUCCCCCCCUCGUGCGCCCCCUCUUGCGUGAGGAAUGCACCACCUAGUCCCUUACCUUGUACUUUCCCCCGACCCGACUGCACACUGGUACUCUUCCAUCAUGAACAUGAACCGACCAUAGCGCCAUCUGGUGGUCGUUGUUAGGAUUAUGCAUUGAAUCCUUUCGGCCUGUAUCAGAUCUUUGGCGUUGCUUCAGCGGAACGACACAGAGUCAGCAUCCACAGCACUACCUUCAUCAAUCAAAUGCGAUCUCAUGUGUAGUAAAGGUAUCAUCAUCCUUUCCAACCUCGCCAAAUUGUGGUAGCAGCAGCAGCAGCAGACAUGAAUGGCGCAAUCUGGUUACUGAGGAGUCUGUAACGUGGGACUGUGGGUUUUAAACGGGAGUACGCAAAAAAGGAUAAUUGGCAUUGGAUAGCUGGCACAUCAUAGGGAAUCGAAAGGGGACGAACUCAAAACACAGAUCCCGCCAUGUGAUCGAUUAUCAGCUGUUGCACGCGCGCGGGCGUGUGUGUGUGUGAAUAAGAAGUCUACUAUUAUCCAUGCACAUAUAUCUCCCUGGAGCCCCCUCGUUCCUACCCCUCCAGCUAACACCCACUUCCCACAACUACACUUCCACACACACACAUGCACAUGCAAGAACAUAUUUGUACGUUGGAGCAUCUCAGAACAAGAAACGGAAAUGGGACAAGAUUCAUCACCCGGUGUUGUCGCUCGCUUGCUCGUUGAUAGUAUGAAGUAAGAUUUAAUGAAAAAAGGGGGAAAAGAAAAGAUAAUUUGAUACAAGUGCGAACGGCCGGUAGAAGAGAUAGCAGGUUCAAAAAUUAAAUCAUUGCCAUCGUCCCUUCCGCGCACACUCAAUGGACACACAAAGCAUAGUACAGCACUAUGCUCCAGUACACGCGACAAUUCUAAAGCAAAUGUUAACCGACUUUGCAGCAAUAUGUGUAUAUCAUCGGCGCACGUGCUAACUAGAUCAUUGCAAAAUAGCUAAGUCAAUCGUUUAUGUUACUUGUACGUUCAUAGGUGUGCGUCGUGUGUGCGUGUGUGCGCACGUUGAUUGCAGGAGCAGGAGCACAGGAAUCUAUUCCCUUGGCAUUAUGACAAGGAAUUUCAAUAAUAGGAAUGUUUCGAUAUUUCGUACAACAACUACGACUCCUUUUCUGAUAGAUGAGCAAACCCCUAGCAAUAAUAAGGGUACGGGAAGAAGUAAUAGAAGGAAGGAAACGGCACAGAUCAGCGGGAACACAUUCCAAUCAGUGCGAGACAAAUGGAAGAGUUACAAUCUACCCCACAAAAAACACACACACACACAGUGGUGAUGAGGGUGACAGUUUCAUUUUUGGUAUUUAUUUUAAUUAUUGAUUCGGCACCAUAUACCAUACUUGCCCCCCCUCUGAUUAACAAUGCCAAUCAGGUAAAGACUAUUAGUACACACACGCACACUCACACACACACAUACACACAAGCUAUCACAAGCGUGCGCGUGUGUAUGUGUGUGAUUGUGCGUGUGUUCUGUGUGCUCCAGAAAUAUACGUUUGUUAGACGUUUGGAGGUUUAGAUAAUCUUAUAUUGCGUACUGAUGAUGUAUGUGCCGCACCAAACACCGCCCAAAAACCCAAGUGGUCAGGGAACGGUUCACGGGGAGAUGUGGUGGCGUUGGCAGCAAAGAUUGGAUAGAUUGGGCGAGAACUUUUAUUGCUUACAUUAGGAGAAAACAAAAGUGGGUACUGAGAGUGAAGGCGAAUGAAAUUAGUAUUUAUAAAACCUACAUCAUUUUACUAGGGAUGACCAAUGAUCGAUAAAGCAAAGAUGGCAUUGCAAAGUGCGCAAAGAAGCUGUAUCCCCGCGGGUAGGAGGUGUAGAAGAACAUCCCCCCCCCCCCCCCCCCAUUUGGCACGAGAUAUUCUGGGGGUUUUUAUGUUUUUUUUUUUGUAUAUUUUCAUCUUCUUUUUGCGAUAACGGUGCGAAUGCGCUGCGAGACAAGCAAUGGAUUAGCAAAAGGACACUCCACUCUUCACAUAUAGAUAAAAGUACAUGCGCCACCGAUUGUGUAGGCGAAUGGACACAAUCUCAAUACACAUACCGAUACAACAUUACAUUUCCCACGACCCACGACACCCAUAUACAGACACACCCAAUCCCCAUUACACUGAAAGAUUAUGUAGCCCUCUAGAGUGUACACACCAAAUAAUGUAAAAUGCAAGCAGAUAGUAAUGUUAAAAGAAAAGGAUUCAUAACACAUGAUGUAAGAUGUGAAUGUGGAAACGGUAGUGCAGCUGCAAACAAGGGUAGCUUAGAAAAGGGGCAAGAAAGUUCCAUUGUAAGCUAAGGAUUCAGGCUCCGCAAAGGCUCCUUAAGGGAAUUGAAGGAAUGAUGAUGAUGAAAGGUGUGCACCGUGGUGAUCGGGGUAUUCUUGUGGGUAGAAAUCAGGAAAUCAGUAGUCACUGCAAAUCUGUUGUGGUAAAACCGUGUCACAUCACACUGUGCUGGAUGGCCAUACACAGCAGCAGCAUGGAAAAACGCAGGAUGGAAACAGAACAAAUGAAGUGGAAGUAACUCAGCAAGACAAAACAGUUCAGCUUUGCGCGGGCACGAUCGGAACAAAUGGAGAAACCGGAAUGAGGCGGACACACGAUAGUUACACGAAAACCUAGGACACAUUUUUGAAAUCAGACUCAAAGCUCUUCCGACUGACGCGUGUGUGUGGCUUGUGUUGCAACACAUCAACAAGUUGAUUACAACCACACCGAGUGAUAGCUGUGUGUAUGUUAGGGGUGGUGUUUUAUUUUUAUUUUGUUUUUUUGUUUGUUAACUCUCCGUUAGUUCGAGACGAUUUUGCACCUGCAACUAUCACCGCCCGGAUCUGGCAUGGCUCACUUUCCAUGCUCGGGGGAAAAAUUUGCCUCCUUCCUUCUCCCCCGGUAUCGUACAACCGUUCCCGCAAUUCCCCCGGAUUGUUUUUUGCUCCUGAAGGCUAGAAUAGGAAAAGUAUGGCAUGUAGGAAGACAGAGAACAGAAUACAGACACACACACACACCCACACACAGAAAAAAGCCCACGGAAGAAAUUAGGAUGUAAGGCAAAACAGUCUCAAGAAGAAGCCUUAGUUGAGUAACAUAUAGCUGAAGUACUAAAUAUUCUAGUUUGUUUCCAUGUUCUGCUGCUAGGCUAGUACGCAACAACAAAAAAAGACCUGAAUAUCAACAACCAGCAGCAAAACCGAGUGCGCGCCCGUGCGCAGCUAAGCUAACAACCACUGUGUUUAUGUCGACGUGAAACGCGAAAAUAUAUCGGAAAGUCUUUUCAUGUAUAAGCUGGAGGAGCAUUGUAAGAUGGAAGAAGGAACCAAAAAAAAAUGCGGAAGAAAACAAAUCUGCAACAUUAAACAAAGUGUGUGCAAGAAAAAAAAACAACAAAAGAUAAGGAAGUUGCUGUUUUUGAACGCUCGUUCUCGUACACCCGCACGAGUGGCGAGUUUGAAAAUAGUAGGAACAAAGUCAAAUAUGAAUUAAUCAAGAUAUGUAUUAUGUAAUGAUUUACACUAAUGAGUAAUGAAUUGAAUCGUGUGUCAUGUACGGCCGGUACGGUAUUAGGAAUGUUUUUUUGUCGUUGUUUUUGUUUUUGAUUUGUUGUGCGAUACCUUGCGUACGAUCGCGGUAACGUACCGAUAGGUGGCGUGAAAUGAGUUAUCGUUGUAAGAUCGUAAGCUCAGAUGCGCUAAGAGUUGCGGGAUGAAACGAUGAUUAUCUUUAACGCUGAAAUGUCGCGCGCAAUCAUAGGUGAAAAUUUGUGAAACCACCUUUCUUCCCUGGCAAACGAAACUAGAAGUGCAAUGAUGAUGAUGAUGAUGAUGAUGAUGCAAGUCAGCGGGUGUGCAAUUGCCACCCACUCGCAAACUCACAGCAGCACGCACCCAACUAAAUAAACUGUUAUCUAUAAAAGCUACUUGUGGCAGGUUGGCAAUGCGAAUUAUAAGAAGAUAAAGAAAAAAAAAGCGAGUGUUUAGUCGUAAAACGCCAAGGCAGUAAGAAAUACAAUGCUCUUACACAACAUAAUGCGCCCGAAUCCUGCAAACAAAAGCAAAAGAAACCUGUAGCGAAUGGCAAAACAAAAAAACGAGUAAAGCGCGAAGCGGUGUACGAGAAAACAAACAAACAAAAAAACA